ACGGUUAUACAUCCGGGUCUUUCAGCCUCGUUCUGAGACCGCAUAAAAUUAGCCGGCCCUUUUUUUUUCUUCGUUAUUCGUGGCGCAGUUGUGGUGGUCGGUAUCUUUGUACGUAGUCGGUGGGAGUUGAAGAAAGAGAAGAUCAUCUAAAAAAGAAAAAUGGUGGAAGCAGAUCGUCCGGGGAAGUUGUUUAUAGGUGGUCUAAAUACAGAAACAAAUGAAAAAGGUCUUGAAGCAGUUUUUGGAAAAUAUGGCCGAAUAGUAGAAGUUCUCUUGAUGAAAGAUCGAGAAACUAAUAAAUCAAGAGGCUUUGCUUUUGUAACUUUUGAGAGCCCAGCUGAUGCAAAAGAUGCUGCAAGAGACAUGAAUGGAAAGUCUUUAGAUGGAAAAUCAAUUAAGGUGGAACAAGCCACCAAGCCAUCAUUUGAAAGUGGUGGUAGGCGAGGGCCACCACCCCCUCCAAGAAGCAGAGGUCCUCCAAGAGGUCUUAGAGGUGGAAGAGGAGGAAGUGGUGGAGCGAGGGGACCACCUCGUGGAGGGCACAUGGAUGACAGUGGAUAUUCUCUUAAUUUCAACAUGGGUUCUUCCAGAGGACCACUCCCAGUAAAAAGGGGCCCACCUCCACGAAGUGGGGGUCCUCCACCAAAAAGGUCUGCACCUUCUGGACCAGUGCGUAGCAGUAGUGGAAUGGGAGGAAGAGGUCCCAUUUCUCGUGGAAGAGAUAGCUAUGGAGUUCCUCCACGAAGAGAACCAAUGUCAUCACGCAGAGAUGUGUAUAUUUCACCAAGAGAUGAUGGUUAUCGUACUAAAGAGAGUUAUUCCAGCAGAGAUUAUGCAAGUUCUCGGGAUACCAGAGAUUAUGCCCCACCUCCUAGGGACUACACAUACCGUGAUUAUGGGCAUUCUAGUUCACGUGAUGAGUAUACAUCCAGAGGAUAUAGUGACCGUGAUAGCUAUGGUGGAGGUCGUGAGAGAGACUAUUCAGAUCAUCCAAGUGGAGGGUCCUACAGAGAUUCUUAUGAGAGCUAUGGAAACUCACGUAGUGCUCCACCUGCUAGAGGACCUCCUCCUUCUUAUGGAGGAAGUAGUCGCUAUGAUGAUUAUAGUAGCUCACGAGAUGGAUAUGGUGGAAGUCGAGAGAGUUAUUCAAGCAGCCGAAGUGAUAUCUACUCAAGUGGUCGUGAUCACGUUGGGAGACAAGACAGAGGGCUUCCACCUUCAAUGGAUAGAGGAUAUCCUGCUCCUCGUGAUUCAUACAGCAGUUCAAGCCGAGGAACACCAAGAGGUGGUGGCCGUGGAGGAAGUCGAUCUGAAAGAGGAGGAAGAAAUAGAUAUUAAAAGAAAUCUUGAGUUUUUUCAACCAAAAAUGCCUUUUCAGAGAAAUUAAGAAUUCGGUUUUUUUGUUUGGAUAACCACAGAGAGCUACCAUGGUCUAAAUAUAUUUGUGCACGUUUUUAUUCUCUGAUUCUAGUUUGUUGUACUGAAAAGGCUAACCAUAAUUUAAAAAAAUUUAGUUUCUAUAUAGUUUGUAUUUCUUUAAAGCAGUAGUUUAAAAUUAUAAAAUUUGAAGUUGAUGUUAUAAAAUUUGAAUUUUAUGUAGUUAUUUUGAAAAUAAAAUUUUUCUGAACUUA